AUAAAAAUUCUUAGAAUGCAUCAAAAUUUCUAAGCGAUAUAGAUCUUAAUUAUAAUCAAGUAAAAGUCAGCGAAGUGAACUUUUAUAAUAAAUUUGGAAAUUGCAAACGCUACCCCUGAUUCAGUUGUACGGGGUGGUGUUUUUCCAAAAUAGAAUAUCGCGUUUGCGUUUUGGUAGCUGUCAGAUUCAGUAAGAACUUGUAUACUUUGUUUUUAGGACUUUGUUGUGUCGGUAGAUUUUCUUCAAUUGUCCGACACUGUUGAAUGCAAACGGAGAAUGAUGGUGAAACGCAGCAAAUCCUUAUCACCGGAGCCGUCAAGCAGCAGCGAGUCAAAGCGGCCAAAAAUUGUCGAGGAUGGCCAAACAAACGGAAGGAUGGCACAUCCAAAUAUGUUGGACUUGUCCGACGACGUUUUAUUAAAUAUAAUGAAGUAUUUGAAUCCUCAGGAUCUGAUGUCGUUGAGCUCAUGCUGCCAACGAUUGGAUCAAGUCACUCAGGACAGAACUUUAUGGGCCAAUGUUGAUUUUCGAUCGAGAAGCAUGUUACUUCACGAACUCGAAAAAUACGUAAAGUUCCUGCAACCAUUGACAACCAGUCUUGCCAUACGCGGUAAUCAGGAUCCAGAAAAGUUCACGGGACUCAGUCAAAGUUUCUUUAAUGCCAUUAAAGUUGUUUGUAAUCAGCUGAAAGAACUCAUCAUUGAGGAUUAUUGCAUCGAUGGUAAUAAAAUUCAAAUAACGGAUUUUCCAACCAUGAUCGAGAAGCUUUCCUUAAAAGGAAGUAUGAUGUGUCACUUACAGAGUAACAAGUCCUAUUUCUUCAAGAUAGACGUUCACAUGCCGAAUUUAACGUGUUUAAUACUUAGCAAUUGUCAAUGGUUCACACCGCACUCGUUGCUUGUAAUCAGCAAAAUACCGAAACUCAAAGAAUUACGAUUAGAUUCGUGUCAUCGACUGGGCGAGUGCGUAGCUUAUGCCAGUCUUGCAACAAGAUUUGGAUUUAAGACAUUAGAGAUUUUAGACUUGCGGGAUACGGCUUUAGGUGACAGCGAAAUUUGCUGCUUCAGCAGCACCAAGACUUUGACGCAUCUUUACCUGGAAUGUCCACCGAUAUUGAGAAAUGCUGAGUCGGCAGAGCAGCAGCAACAACAGCAGCAGCAGCAGCAAGAACGACUUCAGCGGCAAGCUGCGCAAAGACCAGUUUUCGAGGAUCGAAAUCUUGUACAGUUCCUUGUGGAGGACGAAUUUCUCUGGGAAAAUUUCGAGCGUUGUCUCAUAUCCGACAGAGCCAUAUGUGCAUUAGGUAGUUACGUGUGCGAUCGAAGAGUUCAAAAUUCUAUAGAAGAUGUUGUAGUUAUUGAAGAGGACAGACGGAUCUUCAAUAACCCACAUUUACGAACGCUCGUUGUCAGACAUUACCCUCGAGUGACAAAUCACAGUUUAGUCCAUUUGGCACUAAAUGCAUCCAGUUUGGAAUAUCUGGACGUGACUGGCACAGCAGUCACGAAGGAUGGUGUUCAAAUGUUCAAAUCACAAAAGACCAAUGUGAAGGUUGUUUCAUCAUUCGAUGAGACAUAAUCCCGUAAAACAUUAGCGGGGCCCACAAAAAUAUCUCAGACGAGGAGGAAAACAGGUAGAGGGGUUCAGGAAGAUGAAAAUUCUAGGGCGACGUAAGUCGGGGAUUCCUCGACGGUUCGCAGAGAUCCGAAUUAUUUUCUGCGUUGAAAGCGCCGUCUGAUGUUGGCUCCUUCGUGAAUUCUCGGAACGUCUUGGGAAGUAAUUAGAUUCUUUCAAUAUAAUAAGAAUAAUAAUCAUAAUUUUAUUCAGAAGGAUCCAGUUCUGUGCUUCCUGACGCGUCGAGCGCGCCUUGAAUCACGAAACAUCCUGUAUACUAUGCAAUGAGUAAUUUAAAAAAAAAUUAAGUAGCCACGACCAUUCGAUAUUACUUGGGUCGCUCGAGUAUUCGAUAAAAUAAAUUAGAGAGAGAGGGAGAGUGGGAGAGAGAGGAAGUUAAGGAUAAAAUUAAUGAAGAGAAAGGCGCGUGAAGAAAAUAUGUGCCCGAAGGAUGCUGUGACGAGGACCAAGUCAGGUUCGUUGUAAAUACAAGAUCUUACGCUUUAUACAAUUCUGUAGUAUAAUUGUAAGUUCUUGCAGGGCGAAGAUAUCCAGUCGGAGUCUUAAAAAAUUUCGUUACACUUUGUUGUUAUUCUUCAAGCAAUGUUAAUAUAUUCUCUUUGCUAGAUACAAAUGGGACGAAGAGAGAGGAAGGAAAGGGGAGGUGCAAAAAUGUGCUCUUUUUUUAAUAAAAGAAACGUAAAAGUAUCUCAGAAAACGCGCGACAUAAUAGUUAUACAAAUCAAAUGCAACCACCUAAAGUUAGCCUGUUCAUAUGAUUUCUGUGGUAGAAUCAUCUUCAGAUAGUGCAUUUGUAUUGAAGAAGCCUGUGUAGUAUAUACUUGGUUAUAUAUAUUUGCUAUAUAAAAUAUGACGGUAAUGUAAUAUUUAUACAAUGGUAGAAUUGUAAAUAAUUAUUACAUUACUGUCAGACAGUACGUAUAUGCUGACACAUGAUUAAGGGUAAUGGCUGUAUCCAAGGAUCACUUCAAGACAUUGUAUUUUUAUGCCAAUUGAAGAAAAUGAGAAAGGAGGAAAUGAAGUGGAAAAUUUGUUUAUUCCUAAAUGGUUAACAUUGUACGACUUAGAUCGCAUGAUUCCAUUUUAAAAAUUCGAUAGCUGACACGUUUGUGUCAAAUCUUAUUCAAUGUAAGAAAAUUGCCGUUGAUAGUACAAUCAUAACUGGUAUCACAAUUGUGACGUGUUUGUGCACUUAAUACAGUUGAAUAAUUUGUAUAACGAUACUGCAAACUGUCAACCCGACUACAUGCUUUGUUCAAUAAGUUUUGUAUCCAAUAAAAAAAAAUAAAGAAUCUGUCUAUUGUCA